UAAAAGUCUUCCUGACUAUUUCUCAGCUGGAGAGAGCAGGGCCUGUGGGCACCCCUCCGCUAAGCAUUCAUCUGCUCCUCCGCGGCUCUUCCCCUGUAUGGAUGAGGCAGCUGAGGCAUGGGGGGGCUAAAAAGAGUGGUCCCACGUCGCCCGACACUUCAACGGCCCCCACAAGAAUAGAGACCAAGAAAGUUCAGAAGGAUUCCGUCGACUGCUUCACCACUGCUCUGUGGCACCUCUUCAUUUAAAGGGCCUCUCCUCCCAGUUCAACCCAGCAGCUAUGAAGGCUUCAGCUCUUUCUCAGUGGUCGCUUGCCAUCGUCUCCCUCCUCCUCCUUCUCCUCCUGACCUGGGGUUGGGCUUCUGGAGCUGCGAAUGCCUCUUCGAGCCUCACCUGUUUCUAUGACUCAAGAGCCAACAUAUCCUGUACCUGGGUCCCGGCCGAGCUCACGGAGCUGGGGUCAUGCUCACUCAUGGCCAGAACAAAAUAUAGAGACAAGAUAGCUGUCUGCAAUCUGCUUCCCAUGGGGUCAAAGUCCUUCAGCUGCAACCUGAUCCUGGAUCCAGAUGUAAAUGCUCAAGCAUUGGCGGUAGUGGAGGAAGUCAGCCUGAAGGUGACAUGCGAAAACUGGAGAGGGAAUGUGAUGGAGAAGCUGACGCCCUUUAGGGAGAUCCGCCUGAUACCUCCCGAGAACCUGCAGCUGAGUUACGUGGACACCCACAGCUGCAACUUCACGUGGCAACUCAGGGUAUGCUCCCACUACCUGCGAAGAUACCUGGAAUUUGAAGUGCGCUACUGGGCUUUGUCCGACGAGGGGGCGUCCCCGAAGACCCUGUUCCUCAAGCAGCCCCAGGAGUGGAUUAAGAUCGAAAGCCUCUCCCCAGACACGCGCUACAAGGCGCAGGUCCGCGGGAAGCCCAGUGCAGAGUACUUGGGGCAUUGGAGCUUCUGGAGCCAAGCCAUUGUGUUCCAGACCGAUCCCGAAGAACCAGCUCCCUCACAACCCUGGCUGUUCAACUUUAUCCUGGGGCUAUGCGGGGCCUUGGGACUGGUGACCAUAGCCAUGCUCAUCCCCAGAUGGUGCACGCCAAAAUGGCUCAAAAAAGUGCUGAAGUGUCAAAUUCCAGACCCCUCGGAGUUCUUCACCCCGCUCAGCUCCCAGCACGGAGGAGACUUUCAGAAAUGGCUCUCCUCCCCGUUCUCCAUGGCCUCCUUCAUGCUGGGCCCAGCGGAGAUCUCUCCUCUGGAGGUGAUGCAGAAAGAAGACAAAGAUCCCCGGCUCCUGCUGCCCAAGGAGCUGGUCCAGUCCUACGCACCUCCGGACACCAGUGGCCUCUCUGGGUCUAGCUGCUUCACCAACCAGGGCUACUUCUUCUUCCACCUCCCGGAUGCCCUGGAGAUCGAGUCCUGCCAGGUGUAUUUCACCUACGAGCCCUUCGCCGACGCUGGAGGGCCAGUGUCGGCCAAUGACAAUGACUCCUACUGCAUGUUCCCCAGCGGCGAGGAUGCUCUGCUCUUCCCCUCAGGGCCACCCGGGGGUCCCGGCCGACACCUCGGCCUCCAGAAUGGCUCCUUUGAGGCCAAGGAGGCUGGGGAGGCCCAGGAACCAGCCCAGCAACCUGUGGAGGCCACAACCCCCUUUCCUCCGGCCCAGUCCGGGCCCGACCCCUUCCUCCCAGAUGACCCGUCCCCCCCGGUCCUGAGGCUUGAGCCAUUUGGGGAGGGGCCCUCCUCUGCCAGCUCCCACGGGGCUGGCACCAACCCUCCGUUUCCCUGGGCCGGCCUCCCGGCCUCUCUGGCCCCCGUUGGUGGGGAUGCUCCCUUCUGCCCAGACUUGAAUGCCGGGGCUUAUCUAUCUCUGCGGGACCUGCAGAACCAGUACCCAGCCCACUUGGUCUAAACUGGGCCUCCAGGUGGGAAGGGAAAGAGAGGUAGAGAUAGGGGCUUCUUCGGUGCCCAGGCUGGACCUGCGGAAAGGGGUGCCCGGCUCCCUGCUGGCAGGGGGCAUGAUGAACCAGAAGCCCCAGACUGUCCCACCAUCCAGGGUGGCCAGCCCAUCUUCCAGAUGGGGCCCCUGAAGCCCAGGAGAGAGGCGGUGCUCCUUCCAACUUGGGGAUUUCUCCUGGAACUCAGAGAGGGGCUGGUGGUUCCCUCCACCCCCAGCCCCACCUGCCCUCUCC